AUGACAGACUACAAAUCGUUCUCUUGGACUGAUCUUCGAGCUAAUGUUGGACUAGAAGGAGUAAACAAAGAGUUGGAUGAAAGAACUAGUGGUAUAUUUAAGACACUUCGGGAUAUCACGUCCAUGACCAUGUCUACUAGCAAUGUGGAGCUAUAUAAUAAAGUUAAAGAAUUUAGGGGUACUUGGUAUCCAGCGACAGACCAAUACGAUAGAACUGUUUUGCACUUAGCAGCACUAAAUGGUAACACAAAGCUUGUUGUUGGUUUAAUAAACUCUGGGGCACAUAUAAACGCACGAGAUGGUAUUGGUCAAACUGCAGUCACACUUGCACUUCUCAAAGAACAUUUUAACACAGCGAAAAAAUUGAUUGAAAUCGGGGCUUCUUUGCAGAACGAGUUAUUUGUCGAUACAAUCCCUCCUCUUGAAGUGGCAAAAGUGAAGGAAAAUGAGCACCUGCAUGGUUGCAUUGAUUGA